GAACGUCUGCAGCAGCCAGUGUGCCAGCGAUGGGCUCGGAGAACAGCGCCCUGAAGAGCUACGCGCUGGAGGAGCCGCCGUGCACGCUGCCCACCGGGCACGCCGUCUACCCGGCCGUGCUCCAGGAUGGCCGGCGUGCCUCCGUCUUCGUGUACAGGAGGGAGAACGAGGAGAAGGUUAACAAAGCCGCCAAGCACCUGAAAACCUUGCGCCACCCUUGCCUUCUGCGCUUCCUCUCUUGUACUGUGGAAGCAAACGGGAUCCACCUGGUUACGGAACGUGUGAAGCCUUUGGAGAUGGUCCUGGAGACUCUCUCUUCUGCAGAGAUCUGCUCAGGGAUCUACGAUGUGUUGCUGGCACUCAUCUUCCUCCAUGACAGGGGAAACCUAACACACAACAAUGUCUGUUUGUCAUCCGUGUUCGUAAGUGAGGAUGGGCACUGGAAGCUGGGAGGAAUGGAAACAGUCUGUAACUUCAAUGAAGCCACCCCGGAGUUCCUCUGCCACGUCAAGUCGGUGCGAGACCAGUCGUGCAUCCCUUGUGAGGAGAUGUCUGCAGAUUUCAAAAUUCUGCCCAACAGCUACGGGCACGCGCGGGAUGCGUACGCCUUUGGAACAAUGGCUGAAAAUCUCCUGGCAGCCCUAAAUGAUCAGGUUUCAGCAGAUAUUCUCUCCAGCUUUCAGCAAACCUUGCACUGUACACUGCUGAAUCCAGAUCCAAAGUGUCGUCCACCACUGUCCAGCUUACUGUCUCACGAGUUCUUCAGGAAUGAUUUUCUGGAAGUUGUGAAUUUUCUGAAGACCUUAACACUGAAAUCUGAGGAGGAGAAAACUGAAUUUUUCAAGUGAAGCCUGGUCCGUCUAGCUGGCUUCUCAGAGGAGCUGAUAGCGUCACGGCUGGUGCCUCUUCUGCUCAAUCAGCUCGUGUUUGCAGAACCUGUAGCUGUCAAGAGUUUUCUUCCUCAUCUGCUGGGUCCAAAGAAAGAGCCAACUGGAGAGAGCCAGACCAGCUGCCUCCUGUCUCCAGCCUUGUUCCAGAGGCAUGUCAUUCCUGUGCUGCUGAAGCUGUUUGAGGUUCAUGAGGAGCACGUCCGAAUGGUGCUGCUGUCUCACAUUCAUGCCUAUGCAGAACUGUUCUCUCGGGAGGAGCUGAAAAACAUCAUCUUGCCACAGGUGUUGCUGGGCCUUCGCGAUACCAGCGACUCCAUCGUUGCCAUAACGCUGCACAGCUUGGCGGUUCUCGUCUCCCUGCUGGGACCUGACGUCGUCGUGGGAGGAGAAAGAACGAAGAUUUUCAAAAGCUCUGCACCAAGUUUCCUGAAAACGGCUGAUGUCUCCCCAGAAGACUCGCCCAGUCAUGUUGGAAGCAAUCUGAGAAAUCAAACCUCUCGGCCCCUGAAGACCAAUUCUGGUGUGUUCCCCGUCACUGGAAGCGUCCCUGUCAAGAAGCUUUCUGUGCGACAAGACAAUUUUCUGGCUUUAAAGACAGGUGAGCAAGACAAUCAGUCCCCCCUGAAUGGAAUUCCUGGAAGCAUUAAUACUCUAGGGAGCAGCAGGAGCUCUUUGACUACCUCUGAAAAGCCUGCAGAGGAGUGGCCAGACUGGAGUGAGCCAGAGGAGACAGACACUGAGAAAACUGUGAACAUUCAAAUUCAGCCCAGAGAUCUGUGGGGCAGCGUAGGACCUUACUUUGCUGAACGUGAUGUAGAUGAGAAGCCUUGGGAUGACUGUGAGCCCAGCAGCCCCAGUCCUGAACUGUCCUCAGGAAUCUGCCUCACUGUGACACAAGCUGAUGCAGUUGAGACGCCGAGGCCUCUGCCUGGCACACAUCAACUGAGCAAAGAAUUCAAAAGCCUCAGGCUGAGUCCCCCCACAAAGUCCUGCCCUGGGAAAAGCUGGAGCAGUGACAAGUGGGACCAUCAGGAACAACUGGGAGAAACUGUGCUGCCAAAAAUGACCUUACAGGAAAGGUUGAAGUCUUCACUGGAGUCCGGCCUAGGAGAAGAAUUCACAAUCAAAGUGAAGAGGAAAGCUGUGCAAGACCCUGAGCUGGACUGGUUUGCUGACAUGAUCCCAGACAUUAAACCUUCUUCAGCUGUCUUGAUUUUACCUGAAGCUAGGACAGAAGCAAUUGUUCCCAGUCACUCUGGUGUAGUGUCCAGCAGAGAAGGUGCCUCCCAGAAUGUCCUGUUUUCAUCCAAAUUUGCAGCUGCUGAUACUACUGAGGCCGAAGCUGCGGGCUGGGGUGAAGAAGAGGAGUUGAACUGGGAAGAUGAUACUAACUGGUAAUGGGACUGAAAGAGACAAAGGCAAUGUAUGGUGUGUUGGAUUCUGUAAGAGAAGUCGCUGCUUCCCCAGGACCUUGGCUUAAGUACCUCAG